AUGGGUAAACAAGAACAAUCGGAACCUCUUAACCAGCCGCCUAAUGAACAUCAUGACGAAGAUGUUGGCGACAAGGGACUUGAAAAGUCGAUGACAUUGUUCAAUGGAGUUUCUAUCAUUGUCGGAUGUAUUAUUGGAUCUGGAAUCUUCAUCAGUCCAACUGGAAUCCAAGCACAAGCUGGAUCUGUUGGUCUCUCACUGAUUGUGUGGGUUUUAUCAGGCAUCUUUGCCGCCAUUGGAGCCUACUGUUAUGCUGAGUUGGGAACACUCAUCCGCAAAUCUGGAGGAGAUUAUGCCUAUAUUAUGGAGGCGUUUGGACCAUUUUUGGCUUUCUUGAGACUUUGGAUUGAGAGUAUUGUCGUGAGACCAUGUACCGCUACAAUUGUUGCUCUCACAUUUGCGAUCUACAUGUUGAAACCAUUCUACCCUGACUGUGAACCACCACCACUCUCCACUGAACUUAUCGCCGCUCUACUCUUGGUUUUGCUCACCGCCGUCAACUGCAUUUCUGUCAAAUGGGCUAACAAAGUUCAAGAUAUUUUCUUUGUUGCAAAGGUUGCAGCCCUCAUCUUGAUCAUUUUCACUGGACUCUGGAAUUUGGUUUCUGGAAAAGCUGAAGCUCGAGAUUCUUUUGAGAAUAUUUUCGAGAACACUGCCAAAGACUUCCAAACUGCUUCUCUGGCAUUCUACUCGGGAUUGUUUGCUUAUCAAGGAUGGAACUAUCUUAAUUUUAUUGUUGAAGAGCUCCAGAACCCGAAAAGAAAUCUCCCAUUGUCUAUUGCCAUCUCAUGCUCUCUUUGCACCAUCAUUUACACUUUGACCAAUGUUGCCCUCUACACUUCAAUUUCCCCAGACGAAAUGCUUGCAAGUCCAGCCGUUGCUGUGCUGUUCGCUGAGAAGAACUAUGGGUGGUUUGCCUUCUGCAUGCCAAUCUUUGUUGCCUGUUCUACAAUUGGAUCCGCUAACGGUGUCAUUCUGACAAGCUCAAGAUUGUUCUACUGUGGUGCUCGUGAAGGACAAAUGCCGAAUGUGCUGACAAUGGUUAAUAAGCAGACAAAAACUCCAAUUCCAGCCGUCAUCCUAACUGGUCUUCUCUCCUUGUUCUACCUGCUGCUGUCCAACAAUAUCUACUCUUUAAUCAACUACAUUCAAGUCAGCUACUGGAUUGCUAUUGGAGGAGCUAUCUUGGCUCUUUUCUACUUCAGAAAAACCAUGCCUGAUGCUCCACGAGCAGUUAAAGCCCCAAUCAUAUUCCCAAUCAUCUUCUUCAUUGGAUGCGUUCUCUUAGUAUUGGUACCAGUUCUUGGAAAUCCAAAGGAUACCGCCAUCGGAAUUCUUAUCAUGCUUUCCGGAGUUCCUGUAUAUCUGAUCUUCAUUGCAUGGAAAGGAAAACCAAAGUUCAUCGAUUCGCUCACCGAUUCUGUCACUCUCUUCACGCAAAAGUUAUUCAUGGUUGUCGACGCGAACAAAGAGGAUUAA